CUAUGACUCUGCAGCUGCUGGUGAUGUCGACGGUGAUGGUGAGGAAGUGCAGAGCUCGGCAAAAGGUGGUGCUCUCCACAGUUUGGAGCACUUGGAGGAAGCUUUGCCGUUGAAGGAGGAGACCUGGUCACUCUCAUUACAAGUCUUGUUACAAUAUUCUGAUUCUCGCUUGGAGCCUUGGACUGUGCACCAACUCGAUUUUACAAUGGUAGAGAUACUCAAGCUAUUGUAAAUGAAAAGCAUUGUAAGCAAAAGUUACCAUUUCCAAAAAGACAGGAUCUGUGGCUCAGCUAAAAAGACAGGAAAUGGUGGCAGUGGUUGAGAACUGGAGUAUGGAUUGCCAGCACAAGAUCAUUUAAGGUCUUGUCAACAAAGAACAUAUUUUGCCAUGGAUGCUGCCUAUCCUGAAGUUCCUGUCGAGUUGAAGAAUCUUUUCCAUGAAAUAGACAGAAAACUCUAUUCAAUUCUUGUUUUUGAGCUUGAGCGUGAUCCUAAGGUAUCUGUGAAUGUGAUUGCCUUAUGGAUUUGGUUGGAAAAGAAUAAAAUAAAAAAUGCUGUGGAUAAAAUCCUGUCAUCGUCCAUAAAAAUGAUCAAUGGACUUGCUGAUGAUGCUGUGGCUUGCCUUAGAUGCAUCACAGAUGCCAUGUAUCUGUUCUCUUCUGAUGCAAGUGAGAUUUCACUCACUCAAAAUGUCUUGGGAAAGCAGUUGUCUCUAAAGUUCUUCCAUGAAAACCGGGCCAAUGCAUUAUGUGGCAUCAGAAUGGUUGUGGAGACUGUUUGUGUCAAGGUAUUGGACGAUCUCAUCCAAAUGGCCAUCACGAGAAACGUUGAACGACAGUUGCUGAAAACUGAAAUGGUCAUGAUGCCACCGCCUGUUGCUGAGCCCAUGGAUCCCAUGAUACCAAGGUUUGGAGGACUCAUAGUCACUGGUGAGUCAUCUCGGUCAGUGUCGCCUCCCAUGGAUCCCAUCAUACAAAGGUUUGGAGCACUCAGAUUCGCAAGUGACUCAUCUCAAUCGGUGGUGCCUCCCAUUGAUCCCAACAUACAAAGGUUUGGAGGACUCAGAUUCGCAAGUGACUCAUCUCAAUCGGUGGUGCCCCCCAUUGAUCCAAUGAUACAAAGGUUUGGAGGACUCAGAUUCGCAGGUCAGUCAUUUCAAUCGGUGGUGCCUCCCUUUGAUCCCGUGAUAAAAAGGUUCAAAGGACUCAAACCCACAGGUGAGUCGUCUCAAUCAGCGAUGCGUCCCUUUGAUCCCGUGAUACAAAGGUUCAGAGGACUCAAACCCACAGGUGAGUCGUCUCAAUCAGCGAUGCCUCCUUUGCGCAUGGAGGAACCAAAAGACGACAGGACAAUGUAUGCUACAUUUUCAAAUGGCUAUCCUGUUUUUGAUUGGGAGCUUUGGUUUUACUUCAUCGGGAUGUAUGGCGACUGUGUGGAGUCUAUCUCUAUGCAGGCGGUGAAGCCUAAUGAGCAGUCAAUGUUUGCCCUGAUUGUCUUCUCCUCUCCAAGAAUCGUUCACUUGAUUCUCAGAGGCCGGGAGACAGCAAAUUUCACGAUUAAAGGCAAGGAAGUAUGGAUUCGCAAGUGCAUCCCGAAAGCAUAAGAACCUGUCUUGUUCUUCUCCCCAGUGUUUCAGUUUUCUAAGUCCAGUUGUUGUUUGUUUCAGUUUUCUAAGUCCAGUUGUUUGUUUCAGUUUUCUUAGUCCAGUUGUUGUUUGUUUCAGUUUGUUGUUGAUGAAGCUUAGUUAUGGUGCUCUUUGAUGUCAGUGUGUAGUAGAUGAAAUCCAGUCAUGUAAUAUAAAUGUAUUGUUUUAAUGAAUGCAAAAUUGCAAAUCUUCCAUUUUUGUUGUGAA